UUUGUGAAAAUCGUGUGAGCAUGUCUAGUCUCCGUGAGUAUUACUUAACAAACUAUACAACAUGUCCAAGAUGCGAUACGUUUUUGUGCUCUUGGCAAGACUUUUCUUACACUUCCCAUUUUUUGACUGCAUUUUCACUUCCAGUUUAUCUUUUUGGAGGUUACUGUAUCCUAUACAAAAGCCCAAAGGAAAUGUCAACCUAUCGAAUUCCGCUUUUCAAUUUCCAUGUUUGGACGUGUCUGGCGGAUGUGUUUUUGAAUUGCCUCGGGACACCAUAUAUAUUUCUUCCAACUCUCACGGGAUUUUCAGUUGGCUUGUUGAACUUUUUGGGUGUCCCACCGAAAAUUCAGGCUUGGCUGGCAUUUCAGAGUCUGAAUUUCAUGUUAUUAUCUACAACAAUAUUGGUAGAAAAUCGGAAUAACGCAAUUCCAUUCAACAAGUUCAAAAUAACUCGGAAAAGUACGAAAACUAUUUACUAUCUAACAAAACUACUGAUUGGAGUAUUUUACGCAGCAUCAUUCACAUUUUUCAUACCAGCAAACCAGGAAGAAGCACUCUUUAAAGUUCUCAGACGGCUUCCAUGUCCUUCUCAAGACUUUUUCACGGCUUCCAAUAUUUUUGUAUUGUGCAUCGAUGAUUAUCAUAUUCAUUUUUUAAUUGCCUUCACAGUAUUAGGAGUUGUGGUAGAAGUGAUUCAAAUUUUGUUUUACUUGACAUGUUGUGUCUACUAUUUGUUUUUCUCGAUUCGUUCGUUUACUUCAAAGACCACGAGAAAGUUGCAAAUUAAAUUUUUGGCAAGCAUACUUCUACAAAUUUCAAUUCCUGUUUUGUUCAUGUUACCGACCGCUUUUUAUAUUUGGUUUGCUGUUGAUUUUAAUUAUUAUAAUCAAGCAUUAACCAAUUUGUCAAUUCUUCAUGCUUCAAUUCAUGGCUUAAUAUCUACAGUCGCUGUACUCAUUAUACAUCAUCCUUAUCGGCAGUUCGUUUUGUCAUAUUUCUGGAAAUCUAAACCAAAACAACCCUUGAAAAAUAUCGAUAUAGAUUCUGUGGUAAUUACUCAAAUUGUUAUCAAAUAAUU